AUGGGAGAACUCAGCGGAAAAACAGCGGUUGUUUCGGGCGGCUCGGGCGGCAUUGGAUUUGCCAUCUGUACCAAGUUUGCCCAAAAUGGCGCCAAAGUGAUCAUUCUGGACUACAACAAGGAAACCCUUGAUGAAAUGCUGCCCAAGCUGGUGGCGCCCGAGGGCCAGAAGCACGAGGGCCACUUCUACGAUGUGACCAAGAACGACCGACCCCCCGUGGACUUCUCCAAAGUCGACAUUCUGCUCAACGGAGCCGGAAUAGGAAAUGGAGGCUUCCUGGAGGGCAUGGAAACCAGCCUGAUUGAGCGAAUCAUCGCCACCAACCUCACGGGCGUCAUCAAGCUCACCAAAUACGCCAUGGAGGCGUGGUUCGAGCGGGAAGACUCUCGGACCAAGGCCCAGGGCAAUGGUGUGGUCAUCAACAUCUCGUCCAUUCUGGGACUCAGAGCAGUUACUCCGGCCCUCACUGUGUACUCGGCGUCCAAGGGUGGAAUCAUCAUGUUCACCAAAGCCCUGGCCAUCGAAGGAGGAGCCCAUGCCAUCCGAGCCAACGCCAUCUGCCCCGGAUACGUCAGAACUGCCAUGACCGAGUUCAUGGAGCUGCCGGAACCAUCGCCGUUCCAGGAAAAGGAUGACAACGGAGACGUGGACAAGGAAUCCAUUGCCGGAGCUGCCUAUUACUUUGCCACCAACCUGCAGGUCUCCGGGGCCAUUCUCUCCGUCGACAAGGCCAUGGCUGCUUUGUAG